GGGACGUACAGUACUCCUUCCCGUGAAGGCUUAUAAUGCCAAAUUACAAGCGUCAUCGCAGAGACUGAAAAGGAAACCAAGAAAACGUUAUGGACCUGGCUUCUUUAGACGAAAGUCGUCUCUCGCCUGGAGGACAGACGUGGAACGGAGCCAAAGCUUAACGUCGUGAGUUCGGUGCCUUAAUAAUGCAAGGGCACCGAUGCCGCAGAAGGAAGGAAGGCAAAAAUCUCCCACUUCAACUCCCAAUCUCGCAAGGAUUGAGGUGCUCCAACAACAGAGUCCGAUUCGUUCCAACAAGAUUUCGGUGGUGGGAAGUGGGAAUCGUGGCGAGUGAGGGCUGCCUGGAUCAGAACGCUCUUUCAUCAGUACCCUCGCAGAACCUGCGAGGGUACAGUUGAGGACUCACAUUCGAUCAUGAGAUGUGUGAAGCAGGUGGACUUUUCGAGCGAGUCACGAGUGAUAACAUCCUCUUACUCGUGUCCAUAACCGAUGACAUUGCACGGAUCCGUCGAGAGAAUGCACGAGCGAGAGCGAGCGCAAGGCCUGAUCGUCAUGGGGCGACGCGACGAGAUGAGAUGGAGAAGAGGAGUAGAUUGCAGAUGUUAUGGACGAUCUGAGUGAGGACGAAGCGGGGAUGGCCACGACUAGGAAGAAAGUGGAUCGCGAUGGUGGAUCCGGAAACAGAGAUCGAGGGACUCCGAGAUCGAAAGCUCACCGAGGACGAGGACCGGCCCUGGGCUGCUCCUGGCAGUGCAUCUGGGCCAUGCUCAUCAUCUGGUCGACCUUCUUGUUCCUCCUCGCGACCAUCGGGCCCAUUUGCUCGCUGGCCUCCGCCGCCAGCAACGUCGAAGCGCAAUUCGGAUUUCUCCAGGCGCUCUCGUGCUGCCGGCACAGGCCGGAUCGAGGGACCGGUGUCGCUCGCGACGAUGGAUCGUCGCGAGCGGGAUGGUCCGGUGACGUGAGGACCCUGACCACGCCGUGGAACCGGCUGUGCUACGGCGAGAAGCCGCCGGCGACUCUGCGCAUCGCGCUGUUCGUCAAGAAGUGGCCGGUGGGCGGGACGCCGGGCGGGCUGGAGCGGCACGCCAUGACGCUGCACGGGGAGCUGGCGCGGCGCGGGCACGAGGUGGAGGUGUUCACGAUGUCGGGCGACGGGAGCCACCCGGCCGACGUGCGCGACGGGAACCUGCGCGUGCACUUCGUGAAGCCGAACGCCAACGGCGGGCUGCCGGUCUUCGAGGCCUGGGAGCUGUUCGCCCGCGCGAACGCGUCGCGCGCCUUCGACCUCGUGCACUCCGAGAGCGUCGCGCUGCCGCACUGGCGCGCCAAGGACGUGCCGGCGAUGGCUGCGUCCUGGCACGGCAUCGCCUUCGAGGUCAUCCACUCCGACAUCGUCCAGGACCUGAUCCGCAAGCCCGGGCAGCCUCGCUCGCCCGAGCUGCAGAAGAACAUGCACGAGCGCCUGCUGCGCGUCUCGGACGAGGUGCGCUUCUUCCAUAGCUACAAGCAUCACGUCGCCACCAGCGACUUCGUCUCGGACGUUCUGCGCACGGUCUACGAGCUUCCCGAGGCCAAUGUGCACACCAUCCUCAACGGCGUGGACGAGUCUAAAUUCCGCCCGGACCCCGUCCAGGGCGCUGCGUUUCGCGCCCAGCUCGGAGUGCCCGCUCGCGCUCGUCUGGUGCUCGGGGCUGCGGGGCGGCUGGUCCGCGACAAGGGGCAUCCGCUCUUGUUCGAGGCGUUCCGUGAAAUUCUCAAAGAGCACGACGAUGUGUACCUUCUGAUCGCCGGCGCUGGGCCUUGGGGCGAGCGGUACAAGGAGCUGGGCCCCAAUGCUAAGACUCUGGGAUCCAUGAACCCUGCGGAUCUCGGCCAAUUCUACAACUCGUUGGACGUCUUCGCCAAUCCCACGCUCAGAUCUCAAGGCUUGGAUCACACGCUCCUGGAAGCCAUGCAGUGCGGCAAGCCUCUGCUCGCCACCAAAUUCUCGAGCAUCACCAGGAGCGUCGUGAUCAGCAGCGACUUCGGUUACACAUUUUCGCCCAACGUCGAAGCGCUGAUCGCUGCUCUGAGAGCCAUCAUCCGAGAUGGCAAAGACAAGCUUCGGGAGAAGGGCGAGUCAAGCCUCGAGUACGCGUCUUUCAUGUUCACUGCUACCAAAAUGGCAGCUUCUUACGAGCGCUUGUUUCUGUGUAUGAAAAAUGAAAUCUACUGCCACUAUCCACUGCCUCACGACUGUCUUCCCCACAGAAGCAAAUACUUCUCCGAUUAGUGUACAGAAAUGAGCCACCGAUCCGCCAGAGGACCAUUGAGACUGUAAUUGAACUGCAGCACUCGGUCAAGGCCAGUACCAGAUCAGAUCUGAUUCGCAUCUAGUGUCCCCUUAGCUGCUCUGGGACCGUUCAGAAUAAGUUCGUCUGGACCACUGUACAAUAUAGUCAACACAUUGGCAAGCUAGGAACGUGAAAUUGGGGUGGAUUUCUGUAGGCCCCAGAUCCUCGUGGAAUUUGAGGUCGAAUUUAAAUUCGGUAUCAGUUUGGGAAUCUUUGGGUGAGCAAGGCGGAAGGUGAGAUUUCCGAUAGUUGUCAUCGGCUAUGGAGUCGUUCUCCACAACAAGAUCAGAAUCGAUCUCGUUGCAAGGAGCAACGAGAUCCAUUCUUGCCAUGUUGAUGAGUCAGUCUGCACAUGAAGGGCAAGUAAGGAUCUCUGCAAGGUACAAUAUCGACAUGAUUUUUCUGUAAUGGUGUAAAUUUAUCAUCGAUAAGAGAAUCACCGAAUAUCAGGGAGAAAUGUGAAGGUACGAAGUCCACUCUUUCUGUCGUGAAAAGACAAUGCCACGACUUGAUUUCAUAUCGCCCCUAAUCACGGAAUAUGACGGA